ACUUCCGAAGAUCCCCAGAGGCGGGUUAUAUUGGUUAGGACUGCUCCGUAUAGCCUCGCUUCUUAUUUAUUGCUUCUUUGCAUGUUUCGCCCACGUUGUGUUUCCUCCGGCAUCGCGCCAACUCAUCAUGUCUUCUAAAGACCCAUCCUUCAGCUCCAACAAUCCUUUUCGCCGGAAGUUGGGCAGUCCCUCCGUUUCUACCGAAAAACCCGCCCUAGCACCUACUUCGAGUCACGAUAAAUCAUUCAAUGCUGCUCCACGACCACCUUUCACCACCUUUAGGUCGGUUGUAUCAGACGAUGGGAGGCGUAAUGUGCAGGAGAGGGCAGAUGCGGGCGAGGCAGCAUCGUUGCAGCCUAAACCGAAGAAAAUCGUAAAAAAAGUCCGCGUUCAAUCACCACCACCAUCCUCACCCGAGGACAGUACACCUACGACUCGCUUCCCCCCGAUUGACGAUGACGAAGAGGAUGAAGAUGAAGACGACGACGAUGAUGAUAUUGAUGGUGGUGACAGCAGCGAUUCACGAGAUUACGAGGAACAUUUUGAACCGAUCAAGAAGGGAUCGAUUGCCACUCAGUAUAGAGAUAGGGAUAGCCUCGAAACCGCACAAGUAGGGCCACCUGCAAAUCCCUUUUCGAAAACAUUGCAGGACUUGGAACGAACAGGACAAGGACAAGAUGAGAAUGCACCCCCGGCCGGGGUGACAGCAAAAAGAGGUCUUGAUGUUGACUCAUUCAAGAAAUUAUUAUUAACCGGCUAUGCAAGUAUUCCAGGGCCAUCGCUUGCGUCAACAUCCAAACCAGGAGGGGAUUCAGGGGGCUCAGCACAUCCACAAGCCCAUUUACUCGACGGUGCUAGCAAUACGGAUGCGAGCUCGGUGUCCCGCCAAUCCAUAUUUGACGCUAUAUUACAGCAAGAUACCCCUCGAACGUCUCACGAGAUAUCCGAACCGGAAGACCCGGAGGAGCGAAGAGGCAUCCUACCUACAUCGCCCCUUUCGUCUCUGCCCUCUGCCUCGGCAAGGAAGAAGCCACCUCCCCCCAGCUCCCGACAUGGUAAACUCAUCAAAAUUGAGUUAGGAGCAGACGCAGAAACCCGUGCAGCCAAAGAUUCAUCACCUCCCGUGUCCGUCAGCAACAUAUCUCUCCCUCCUAUCGCACCACCUCGAAAAUCCAACUCACACUCCGCCACUUUAUCACAAGCCUCGCACCUAGCAACUGAUGUGAACAAGCCGCUUCCAUCAACUCCAUUUCGCCCAUCUGUGGAGGAGGCUGUCGACUCCCCAUUCGACCGCGAAGCUAUAGGCAAGGUGCCAGAACCAUUUGCUGACCUACAGACUAACCCUCGGCCCCCAACGCCGCCCGUUGCUACCCGAAGCCGAUCCGUAUCUAAUGGAAGUACACAGCCUCGCAAACCCGCGGCACCACCGCCACGCCGACACGGAAGGAGCGAUAGUAGAGGUCCACCGGUCAAUACUGCGAACACGGAUGAGGAUACGCCUCCUAGAUCGUCGUUGGAAUCGACCCGGUCGCAGACUAGCAGCUUACGCGCAAACGUUCCGGCGAAUACUAACAUAAAUGUGCCCGCACCACCGCCACCACGCCGGCCAAACCAUGCUAGACAGGGAAGUUCGUAUACGAGUCCGAAUCUUACAGCAUUCCCUUCGGUACCUUUAACAAGCCCAGGUAUCGGCGAAGCUGAACGCAGCCCCUCAGCGGCGGGGGCCAGUAUUUUGGGCGAUGGCGAGCAACCAAGGAACGUGUUGGGUUUGGCGACUUUCACCACGAGCAAAGACGGCGUGCCGAAAUUAUCCCCACCCCCACCACCUCCGACCAGGCAAUUGAGUACUAGACGGCCUGCUAGUGUCAGAAGUAUGGACUCAGGAAGUGGACCGAGUACGGCAAGGAAAGUGAGCCGGGAGAAGGAAGGUGGGGUCGCUCCCCCCCCUCCACCACCUCCCCCGAGACAACGAGGCAGUAGUCGCGCCAGUGUCGAAACCCCGGCUCCGACUAUGGAAGGUGCGAAGCCAAGCGGUGAAACGAGGAAGGAGGGAGUGGCUUCUCCCCAGAGUCCCUCUGGAACGGCGAAUGAGAAGCAAGGGCAGGAAAUAUUGGCGGAUAUUGAUGCGUUGCAGAAAGAGGUCGAUGCGUUGAUGGGGAAGUAUGAGAAAAGUACCACGAGUUAAGGCCUCGGGACACGUUUUCCUUUAGCCUAAGGGACUAUAUGGUUGAGUCCCUAGGUACCUAGCGGAGACUCACAGUAUGUAAGAGUUCUACGAGUGGAAUAACCUAGGAGGUAUCCUUAUUGGAAUGGAUGUCUACCCAAGCGUUGAUUGAUAUGUUGAAGUCAGGAUUUCCCAGGCGAUCCUUGUAUAGUAGGUUAAUCGUUAAUGCCGGACCGUCUUCCUCGGUGGCAAAUAUGGAUAGGGAUAGGAAUAUCGAAGAUAGACUGGCCGAUGCCGUAUGAUGAUGAGGUGGGAGAGCAUAGCGUUUUGGACCUCGGGGAAAGAAUGAAGCGUCUAUUUUGAAGCAUUCCUUGUUCUUCGUGAAUU